CUGGGAUCUCUGGACUAGCCUAGCCACCACGUUGUGAUUUUUUGCAAUCUCUGCAAUACGCUACCUUUUAAGGUCAAGAUGUUGUUAAGUAUAAAAAGUAUCUUAUGGAUGUACUCUACGUUAGUUAUAACAUAUAUGCUACCUAAAGUUAAAGCAGAAAAAAAAACCCUGAUAAAGGGAUCCCUCUCUGGAACUUCAGUCCUGCCAUGCUUCUUUUCAACCACACCCACUAUAGCCUCCAGCUAUGCAGCUGAGUAUCUUCGAAUCAAAUGGUCAAAGGUUGAACUGGAUAAAAGUGGAAAAGAUGCAAAAGAAACCACAGUCCUGGUGGCCCAAAAUGGCAACAUCAAAAUAGGUCAAAGCUACAAAGACAGAGUGUCUGUUCCAACCCAUUCAGAGGAGACCGGUGAUGCUUCGCUGACUUUCUCUAAGCUGCGUGCAAGUGAUGCAGGGGUGUAUCGCUGUGAUGUUAUGUACGGAGUUGAAGACACACAAGGCAUUGUAUCAUUGGCUGUUGAGGGUGUUGUUUUUCACUAUCGUGCAGCAACCAGCAGGUACACUCUGAAUUUUACACAAGCUCAGCAGACUUGUCUGGACAACGGUGCUGUCAUAGCAAGCCCAGAACAACUGAAAGCAGCCUAUGAAGAUGGAUUUGAGCAAUGUGAUGCUGGCUGGCUGUCUGACCAGACUGUUAGGUAUCCAAUUAGACAUCCAAGAAUUGGCUGCUUUGGAGAUAAAAUGGGAAAGAAAGGAGUCAGAACAUAUGGGCGCCGUUUUCCUAAUGAAACUUAUGAUGUGUAUUGCUAUGUGGAACACAUGGAAGAUGAAGUGGUUCAUGUCUCAGUCCCUGAGAAGCUCACCUUUGAGGAAGCUAAAGAGCUGUGUCGGAAAAGAGAUGGCGUUCUUGCUUCUGUUGGGAACCUGUACGUCGCCUGGAGGAAUGGCUUUGACCAGUGUGACUAUGGCUGGCUGGCGGAUGGCAGCGUUCGUUACCCAGCCUCGGUGGCAAGGCCCCAGUGUGGUGGAGGUUUACUUGGGGUGAGAACCCUGUAUCGCUAUGAGAACCAAACAGGCUUUCCUUACCCAGAUAGCAAGUUUGAUGCCUACUGCUACGAACGCCAAGAUCCAUGCAAAAGCAAUCCCUGCCUUAAUGGUGGUACCUGCUAUCCACGUGGUUCAUUUUACAUCUGUACAUGUUUGCCAGGUUUCAACGGUGAGCAAUGUGAAUUAGAUAUCGAUGAAUGCCAGUCUAACCCAUGCCGGAAUGGAGCCACAUGUAUAGAUGGCCUCAAUACCUUUACUUGCUUGUGUCUGCCAAGCUAUAUAGGUGCUCUCUGUGAACAAGACACGGAGACCUGUGAUUAUGGCUGGCACAAGUUCCAAGGACAGUGCUACAAAUACUUUGCUCAUCGGCGUACAUGGGACACGGCUGAAAGGGAAUGCCGUCUUCAGGGAGCACACUUGACAAGCAUCUUGUCUCAUGAGGAGCAGAUCUUUGUGAACCGUAUUGGGCAUGACUACCAAUGGAUUGGCCUCAAUGACAAGAUGUUUGAGCGUGAUUUCCGCUGGACUGAUGGUAGCCCACUGCAAUAUGAGAACUGGCGACCAAACCAGCCAGACAGCUUCUUUUCUGCUGGAGAAGACUGUGUUGUUAUAAUAUGGCAUGAGAAUGGGCAGUGGAAUGAUGUACCAUGCAAUUAUCACCUUACCUAUACCUGCAAGAAAGGAACAGUUGCUUGUGGUCAGCCUCCUGUUGUGGAAAACGCAAAGACCUUUGGGAAGAUGAAACCUCGUUAUGAGAUCAACUCCCUUAUUAGAUAUCACUGCAAAGAUGGUUUCAUCCAGCGCCAUAUUCCAACUAUCCGGUGUCAAGGGAAUGGAAGAUGGGAUAUGCCUAAAAUUACUUGCAUGAAUCCGUCCACAUACCAAAGGACUUACUCUAAGAAAUACUACUAUAAACAUUCUUCAUCAGGAAAGGGAUCAUCGUUAAAUUCAUCAAAGCACUAUCAUCGCUGGAUCAGGACGUGGCAGGACUCAAGGCGCUGAGAGCUAAAUGGUGAAUGGGGAUUUCCACCAUUUCAGCCAAAGUCAUAACUUUCUGUGCCUUUACAAUCACUUAUAGGAGUAUUAUCAAAUUGUUUUGAAACUAUGGACUGCGGUAUUCACAAUGCAUCUUGCAAAAAUAUGGUGUUUAUCAGAAAAUUUAAAAAAAAAAAAAGGAGAAGUGCUUAUGGGGAUAAAAGGAAACCAUUUCCAGCCUAUAAAGAUUAUUAGUUUUCUAUAUGCCAUCGGUGUGGACCAUUUUAUGAUAUAUACCAGCCUUCUGCAAUAUUUAAACAGCUCAAUUUUAGCACCAAUGAAAAUGUAAAUAAGAUGAUUUUAGUGUUGUUUAAUUGUGUGUUGUUUUUAAAAUCCUGUAUAUAAAAUGAAAAGUCACACUAAUUUCAGGCAUAUUUAUGGUUAGAAUGGCCUCAGAGGUCUUCAGUCAUUUAUGACGUUGUUUUUAUGUUGUUUACCUAGGCUGGAAAUGGUUGAAAUAACUUCACUGACUGAAAUUUGCUAUUAUCAGGUGAAGAUAAACACACAAGUUACAUGAGGUUUUGUUUUUUUUUUUAAUGGGAACUGUGCCAAUUCCCAUCCAAGGUACAGUUUGUGUCCAUGUGAUGCAAAGUUUAGACAGAGCACAUAAAAGUGGCAUGAAGCAUGAACUAGGGACUGCAAUAUGGAACUUUUUUUCUGCUCUCCAUUCCAGCUUCACCAUUCAUGAGAAAGGACUGCAUGGAGAAGUUGUGUAUGACAAGGAGGGCCUGUAAAAAUCCAAGUGCUAAUACAUUAACUUUAUCAACCAGGGCCACUUUUUUGGAAAGAAAGAAAAAGAAAAAAAAGAAAAAAAAAAUUACUUUCACAACAUUAACCACAAGGUCUAUAUUACAGGUCUCUGCAUUCUAAAAUGGAGAUAGACCUGGUGUUUGGGGGAUUUUUUUUGUAAAAAACAAACAAAAAUCAAAAAAGUAAAUAAUUUUGUAUAUAUAACCAUUUUUUAAUCUUUUUAUAAAGUAAUGAAUGUUUGUGUAUGAAUGCUGCAGCUGUGAAGCGUACAUAAAUAAAUGAAGUAAGCCAUACUGAUUUAAUUUAUUGGAUGUUAUUUUACCCAUGCAAAGAAGAUUGAAAGAGCUCGCCAGUGCAGUAUUAGCCCCUGAGCUCCACUUUUGGAACCAUCUUUCAGUUCAACUGCUAUUUCCCUGGAGAACAAAAUUCCUGC